CUCACAUAAUAAAACAAAUGAAUAUAUAUUUUUUUGCACAUGUGUGAAAUUAGAGUGUUUUAAUCUGAGUAUAGGCGCGUGGAGAUGUGUGCUUGAAUACUGCACCGCGCAACAGCCAGCGCUGGGUCAUGUGCUAAAAUUAGCUUAGCUAAGCUAACAAGUUACAUAUCACUGCGCACUUGUUUUCUGAAUGAGUUAAAUACAAACAGGUUUCCUGAAACUAAAUUCUAUUAGCUUGUUCAACUGCGCCCAUAUGUCUCAUGUGAGUUACAGUGGAUACAUUUGUGUAUCUGUCUGGUACAGGUCGGAAACAAAGCGCUAGCUCUGUGCUACUGACGGAAAGCAUUGUUCUCCACGGUGCCAGAGGGCCUGCUGCUUCUGGCGGAGUCACAUUUCAAAGCUACUGCCGUCCAGACUGGCUCACGCGCCCCCUUUUGGCCACAAUAAAAGCCCCACUUCUCCUGACAACAGCUGGUUUCAUCUCUGAGCUACAAACCCCAAAACCCUCAAGAAGACAAACUGUUAUGGCCACAUCAGCUGCAUCUUGUCUCCGACCUUUCGACUCGGUAAACUUCCCAGAUCUGGUUCUUCAGGUUUGUUGUUGACAUCCACAGCCUUAAUGGUUCACAAAUUUUUUUCCCCCCUUUGAGUAAAUAUGACACAAGGUUUUACCAGCAUGACAUCUGACAUCAUGAGGUAGCAGUGGGCGAGGGGGCACUGAGUUCAGCCAAACUCAGAGACCUCCUUGCAGCUUGACUGAGGAAUGUGAAGGGGUCGCAGUGGCAGUCAGGAAAACACCAGCUUGGCCAACAUCCCCCUCAGUCCAGAGUCAGCCCAGGAUCAGGAGAGACGAAUCCGCCGUGAAAUCGCCAACAGCAACGAGCGGCGUCGUAUGCAGAGCAUCAACGCUGGUUUUCAGUCUCUUAAAACACUCCUACCACACACAGACGGAGAGAAACUCAGCAAGGCUGCCAUCUUGCAGCAGACAGCAGACUACAUCUUCGCUUUGGAGCAAGAAAAGACUCAACUUCUGGCCCAGAACAACCAGCUCAAACGUUUCAUCCAGGAAUUUAGUAGCACUUCACCUAAAAGGAGGCGAGCAGAGGAGAAGGAUGAGGGGAUCGGGUCUCCAGACAUGCUGGAGGAAGAGAAGGUUGAGGAGCUGAGGAGGGAGAUGUUAGAGCUUCGGCAGCAACUGGACAAGGAGCGCUCGGCUCGCAUGCAGCUGGAGGAGCAGGUGCGCUCUCUGGACACCCAGCUGCACCCAGAGCGUCUGAAGGUGAUCACCCAGCAGGUGGAGGAGGAGCAGGCGCUUAUCCAGAGCCAGACGCUGCUACGGCUACAGCAGAUUCAAGCCGCUGACAGACAAACACAUAGUCCACAGGUGCUGAUUCCUGCCUCCACCCACCACCCCACGGUCAUUGUCCCGGCCCCAACACUAACCCAGCAUCACCAUGUCACCGUGGUGACCAUGAGCCCGUCUGCACACACCAGCACCGUGUCCACUUCCAGACAGAACCUGGACACCAUUGUGCAGGCCAUCCAGCAUAUUGAACGCACUCAGGAAAGGAAAGCCAGCACCGAGGAUGAGCAAAGAAGAGCCGUCAUUGUUAGCCCCACCCACGUCGCCAUGGACACCGCCUGCUCAGACACAGACACAGACACAGAGGGAGAGGACUGUUCAAUGAACUGAUCCGCCCCAUAGACAUGUGCUCUGUACACACACACACACACACACACACAUACACACAUACAAACACUUAAAAUACCUACUCAUUGUAAGAUUCCCUCCAGGAGCUUGACUACUUUAAAAAAAAUAAAUAAAAAGAGAGAGAAAAGAAAUAUUUCCUUGGCAUUAUCCAAACUCCUGAAUCCAGUAGUUAAGCUCUGUGUCAGUCUUGUACUGUAAAAUCUCUGAAUAUUGACAAUAUAGGAUGUUCAGCUUCCAGAGGAGGCCCUGCAGGAUCUUUAGAGUCUGUUUUUCAAUGUCAGAGCCGGUCUGUGGCUACUUGAAAAAAGAAAGGGUCUUUUCAUGUAAAAAGCUAUCACCAUCUGUCACCCUCAUGUGUGCAAACAGGAUCCAUCGUUACUGGCACACAGACAGUAUUACUACAAGUUAACGGAGUCAGUAUCUCGGAGAGUUGAAUGUAACAACACAAUAAGCAAGCAGCUCUGAUGUGAGAUACAGAGUUACUUUUUGUCUUUAUAUAUGUUCCUGUAUCUCAUGUCCAGGGGCUGUAAAACCAACUUUAAAACACAACAAAGCCAUUUCUAAAUUUCAGAACUUAAAAUUAAUUAAUAAAUUAAAAAAAAACACACAAUUGAAAAUUUGAAGAUGCACGUUGAAUGAAAUUAUUUCUGAUUUACUUGAAAAAGGAUUGCUGUUUGAUACCUAAAUACGCCCUUGAAAAUAAGCUGAACAAUGUUUCAUUGGUGGUCUUUCAGUUUUAAUGUUUUUAAAGUUUAUGUUGACAUUUGCUUACUCAGUGCUAAAGGUUAAAAUGAUGUCGAAAUUAGCAAUUUUGAGGUUUGUCGGGUUUCCACAGAAAGCUCUCUGAGAUGAAGCUGAGCCAGCUGUCCCUUUUACUUAUCACCCAUUUGGUGCACUCGUAGGUGAGGUAGAAAAAGCAAAAUGAAAAGUUUUAGUAGCUUUUGGUAAAAAAAACAAAAAAAAACAGGUGUUACUGUGCAAUCCAUUAGACAUUCAGACUAAAUCAGAUUCUUCAUAGUUUGGCUGAUGUGGAGAAUCUGGAGCAGAUUUGGGUGAUUCAGAUUUCCAGUGCUCCUCCAAAGACCUGAAACAACCAUCUGGUCUUGGUUUGUCAGUUUCACCGACUAUGCACCAACGUUGUUGGUAUUUAUGCAAUUCCAUCUUCUGUACAUUUUGUUGGCAUCAUUUAUCCAUGAGGUGAAGUUCUCUAUGCACCGUUGAUAGGUGUGUACAUUACACCUACAGAUAUGUAUGAAACUUGACAUGCUCCUAUCAAAGAAUGUAGUCUCUAUUCGUAAGGUGCUUUUUUUGUGUGUGUGUGUGUCAACAUGGUGCUCUGCUGGUGAACAGUGAGCUGAGGCCAAAAGCCUACAUGUAAGUUCAGUUUGUCACGUUUCCUGAGCGUGCCUGAAUUUAAAAAAAAAAAAAAAAAAGUUUUUUCAUAAGUGAUAUUUGUCA